CCACUGCACAUCUGUCUCAAUCACCACCACAUCAGUUCACCAAACCACCAGCUUAGUCAUUAUUCACUAUAUAGGCCAGCUGCAGAGCUGCUGUGAGUAAAGCCAAAGAGAUUGGAGCAGUCUGGCUGUGAUUGGACGCCGUCACGUCCUCACUGAUCUCCAAGCUGGACACAUGCUCACCAUGCCCUCAUUUGAACAUAUUGUACACCCUGACACGAAAGCAUAAUAAUCCAGUCAGGUCCAGGCUUUCAGUCACAGCAUCAUGCGUAAGUUACUGGACAGCGGUUGGAUAAAGUUUGGGCCGGCAGGCAGGGGCAGCCUUGACUGGGUCCCCGGGUCCGGUCCAUCACCACUCCCCUCCCUCGACAACCAUGCUCAGGGUGACCUCUGGAAUGAGUUGACCCCCAAUGAGGACAAGUUCAGCAAAGAGUCCAUCCUUUACGUUGUCGUAGUAUCAACCUCUCUCCUUCUGAUUAGCCUGGUUGGCUUCCUGCUCUACAGGAGGUGCUCUACAAGCAAGAUGGCCCUGACCAACGUCAUCACACUGGACCUCGAAGAGCUCCAAGACCUGCAGGACCUCCAAGACCCAGAGAGCAGCACUGACUUCCUGUCCUCACUGGCCUUCCACAGAGAAAAGAUCCCCAGCAGCAGUUCAGAGACAGACAUGUCUGAUGGAGUCUUUCUCAUGGUUUACCUGCCAACACCCUAUGAGGAAACUCUUACUACUUUAGCCCGGGCUGCAAGCUUGAGGAGCUCCAAAAGCGUAGAUCGAUCUGCCAGCGUCAGAAGCUCCAGAUGUGUUGACAGAGCCGGUAGCACUAGAUCCUCCGGUGGUUUGGAUCGAGCUGCUUCCGUCAGAAACUCCAGAGAUGUGGAUUCCCCUAAAAUCGACAGGUCUGCCUCCGCCAGAUGUUCCAGAGGUGCGGAUCGAGCUGCCAGCAUGAGUAGUGCCAAAGGCGUGGAUCCACCUGCUGGUGAAAGGAGGACGGAUGAACCCCGAAAAGAUGGGGACUCUGUAAAGACAGUCCAAGGACUACAUCGAAAUGACCAUCUUUGUUUAUGAGAGGAUGAGGGAGCAUUCAGCUUUUGGGUUUUAAAAUCCAUUAUUUAUUGUUGCCAGGAACUGGAACCAUAGAGAAGCUUAUUUUAGUCAUUGUGAAAUAUAGCCUGGUGGUACAGUCUGUUUGUGCUUUAUCUGGCCUAGUCCUCUCUGAAUUCUUACACUAAACAUGUCUGGCGUGUGAGAAGAGUCGGCAACAGCACAUACAAUUCCAGACCAGAAUUUCUUCUAGGCUAUGUGUCCGAUAUUGUGCAGUUUUACCUGGCUUUGACAAGCAAUGAGUGAUGCUUACUGGUCUGAAUGAAUGUACUAAGCUGAUUGGGAGGAGUGAAGGUAUCAACCACUCACUGAGAUAGUACUAUUAUUGUAUGCAUUAGAUACCCAUCAAACAAGCUUUUGAUGACAUGAUAGACAGGUCCACAAACACCUGUUCCGUUCUUGGAUUACAGUGGAUUUAGGCAUUGUAUUGUCGAGACAAAUCAUUUAGUUAAUAUAAAGUCAAAUGUAUUUGGGUACAUUCUCUCAUUUUAAAUAAAUGCAUAGUAGCUUAAUGAGGCACAUUUCUUAUCGUUAUGAUACCGGUGUGCCAAUACUUAUAUUGACAAAAAUGGCCAACGUGUGCCAGAAUUUCAAGUAAUAAAUGAUUCUACUGUUUAUUAAUUAAUCGAUACAAUGGUAUCUCCUCUUAUUUAAGUUGAUGAAUUACAAUAAGCAAUUUGUCUUUAGAAACAAAAAAUAGUCCAAGUUUCUUAGAUAUCACAUGCUAAAAGGAUGUGAAUAGCUAAUACUUUUUUGGUCACACAUUUCCAUAUUUAGUGGCUCUGCAGGUUAUCCUCAAAUAACAUUUGCAUUAACUAAUAAACCAAUCCCUUAUCCUAACCUUAACCAUUAUCUUAGUAAAAAUAGUUGUUUUAUAGUGUUCUUUGUUUUUAUCGAUCAUGUAAACAAAAAAUUCAAUAAUUUUGCAUGUAAAUGAAGUUAUAUCUCUGAAUCCCAAAAACGUAUCACUAAGUCUUCUAAACCACACCAGCGGGACAAGAAUAGUUACACCCGAAGUAUUUUCUACAAUGCAUAAAAAAUGUAAGAAUAUCUGUAUAAAUGGCUUACAUACAUUUUCUUUCUUAUACGGUUUUAAAAAACUUUUUGUAGGGAUUAUUAGUUUUUUGUCAUUUUAACCAGUGUUUGCAUGGCGGCAGAGGGACGAGAUUUACGACCACAGUUUAAAUGUGACCACACAGUCUGAAUACAUAUGAAUAUAAAAUAAUUAUCUGACUACAUUAUUCAUCAUAUUUUAACUGUAUAGUAAGUAUACGGAAAAAAACUGAAAUCAAAUUAAAACUGUAAAUAGGUAAAUAUUUGGGAUGCCUAUUCAAGAUAUUUCUUUGAAAAUGUUUUAAUGCAACUGAGAAAAUGUUAUGUGAUAUAUCAUACAGUGCAUUAUUUGCAAUACAACUAUUUCAAAAGCACAAGUGAU